AUGCGUUGUCAUCUACUUCUACUGACAGUCGCGUGUGGGGCUUUAGGGAAAAGUAAGAUUUUUAUUUAGGCCGUUUAUGGAUCGCACUAACAUUUCAUUAUUUUGUUUUAGACAAUGGGCCGUCCGUUGAAAAGUUGACAUUUAAAGAAAACAGCGAUUAUGUUUAUACAAAAAGUCUUCAGGGGGAAGGUGUUGAGGUACGUUUUUCCAACUGAUAGAUAUAGUGAUUUACCGUUUACCCGAGCUAACGUAAAUGUUUUUCUUGCAGUACAUAACAGUUGACGGUGUAAAUAUUUCGAACCCGACCAACGGUUCACAUUGUGUUGCACCAAAUGACUGCUGGGAAAUUAUUAACGGUAAGUUGCAGAUUUAUUGGUUUGUACAUUAAAGAAUUUCAGGAAUAUAAGCAGUACAAUCUGCGCAUUCCAAAAGAAGGUUUUUAACAAAUAGAAUAAACAUCCUUUACCUGUCUAAUUCACGGCCACAAUUUCAUUUUAAUAGCCACACGGCACUUAAUCGCUUACGGUCGCCUGGCGGGAUCCAACGCGUCAUUUACAGUGUACCCUGAGAAUACCACAACCAGAAGUCCUAUUGGUGUUCAGUACAAACGUGCUGACACGCCAUCCUGUAAGUCAACGAAAUUGUUUGGUCUAUACUUCCUAUAAAACAUCUCAUUAUGGUCUCUUCGGAGUACUUAUUAACUAAAGAUUUCUUUAAACGUAUGAAAUAAAUGCAGAGAUUUUGUCGUUUGGUUAAUGCUCUGGUGACAUGGUGCAGUAUAUAAAUGUUAACUCCACGGACAAUUUGUCAUUUGACUAGCUUUAUAAGUUUACGCAAUAAGCAAAAAUUUGUGAAACUCCUUUUUUCAGAUUCGACACUGGCCGAAGGAGUAAAACCUGUCUUUGCAAAAGAACUUCUCAACAAUGAAACGCUCAUCCACAUCCUACUAUUUAAUACAGAUAUCGGGGUAAAGAAUUAAAAAUCAUCAAAUUUUUGUCUAACACGUAUAUGACUGUGAUUGUCCGCGUCAUUAUGAAACAUAACUUCCCUUACCAACAUUUACUUUGAAUGACGAUUCUUAUAUUUGUAUGCAUUUUAAUAUGUUGACAGCGGCUCUGCGGGUGCGACGGGCGUCCUUAGACUCCGAUCUACUCACAGCAUGCUUCUGCCGAGCUGCGCAGAAUCUGCACCUAACUGCCCCUAACUGCUGCCCCACAUGACUUUAUGCCAUGAGUUAGAGGUCGGCAUUCAUGAUACAUCAUGUCCUGUACCAAAUCCCACCACUAGUUGAUUAAUACGCAUAGACAGUUUGUUGAUGCAUUGAGGUAGAAUUAGUAACAUCUACAUUCUUGAAUCCAUCAUCACGCUACAACAGUGAAAUCCAUAACACAGUAGUUUGACGCUUUGAAAUGCGUAAUGGCUUGGUAAGUAUUGUGGCUUCAAAUACAUCCAGGACUGAGAGUCAAACUGCUGUGAUAUCGCCUUCAUGUGGCCUGUCUAAUCGUCUAACUUAUGCGGUAUCGGAGUAAUCCCCAUAAUGUGCAUGUAUCUGCAUUUAGCUUUACCGAGGUUUCCGCAUUUAAUGUAUGAAUUGAUGUGAUGUAAUGUAUGAAUUGAUGUAAAUUGAUGUGUGAUGUAGAUUCCCCUCCAUGCGGUAUAAUCUGCAUGCUAACACCAGACUGGCUGGUCGCAUAUGGUGGCCCAUUUAAUAUUUUCCAGUAUUUCUUCCGGAAUGGAUGUCACUUCACUUUUCACUGUAGGUAUUUUUGCAUGUCACUAUUCUGUUCAUGGUUUUCGUUCUCACAUUGUGUAGAAUAUAAGCGUCUCCGGGUAUAUCUCAACGAAAGGCAGAUUUUCAAAUGUCAUCACUCUCAUGGGAAAGACGGGUACGUUGCCAAGGACUCUAUAAAAUCGUAGCACUGAUCUCAUUCAUGACUGCUAUAACAUAUGCGUUUGUGUUUUCAGGAGUGCAGAAGAAAGACCUCGUGCUGUUUACGGGCCAUUUGGGAACAGAGAAUCGAACAAUGGUUAUAGGUUUCAAAGGAGGUCGUGAACAACACCUCAUGAUAAAACCGUCCAAUGCGACAGGGGCAACCAAGCCAAUUCUUACAUUUAUCGAUUACGAGAACUCAUUCAAGCUGGAGUCAAACUAA